AAAUGUGUGCUAAAACAUAUAAACAUUAAUGAAGAAUACGUUAAGGGCAUUUAAAAAUUAAAUACAAAAUCAAUGAAAUGAAAAAUAGCAUGGAAGAAAACCAGAGAAGAAAACACGUCAAGCUUCUAAUGUGUCACUCGCUAUCUGCUCUCCCAUUGGUGUAUUUUCUCAAGUGCUCUCCUCCCAUUGGCCGAAAACCGUGCCAAUCACUACCGUUCGUGUACUAUGUGGUUCCUGUUGGGCGGGUUGAGCCGGUGAGGACGACAGCCCGUGUGGUGUCUUACUACUGCGAGGAGUCGCAGAAUGAGAACGAACACAUAGAGUUGAACACCUGUGAUAUCUAAAAACCCAGAGUCAGAGUUGAACCAUGAAACUCGGCACUGUGGCCUUUUACGGGUUUGCUCUGGGGCUUCUAGCGGUUGGCCUGCGAGAGUUGCUGACUGGCUUCGAGGAGAACAGAUGCAGCAUGACCUAUAUGUUUGAAUACCCGGAGUACCGGCGUGUGGCUCUGCCUCGCCGGGUGGCCAGACUGUACCCAGCGUACGGCCUCUACCUCUAUGGGGAGGGUCUGUACGCCCAGGAGACCCGCGCUCUCAAACUCACCGGGGCCCCUGUGCUCUUCCUGCCUGGAAACGCAGGCAGCCACAAACAAGCUCGCUCCCUGGGCUCGGUGGCCUUGAGGAAGGCCGAGAACAUGGAGGGCGGUCUCCACUUCAACGUGUUCACCGUGGACUUCAAUGAGGAGCUGGUGGCCCUGUACGGCGGCAGUCUGCUCCGGCAGACCCACUUCCUGCAUGAGAGCAUUAAGGCCAUCCUGAGGCUCUACAAGCACCUGAAGACUCCGCCUCAGAGUGUGGUGCUUGUUGGUCACUCCAUGGGAGGAGUGGUGGCCCGGGCGCUCUUCACUUUGCCCCGCUUCAACACCAAUCUGGUCAGCCUCAUCUUCACCCAGGCCUCCCCCCACCUGGCUCCGGUGCUGGCCCUGGACCCGUACCUGCUGGAUUUCUACUCUGCAGUGAGACAGAAGUGGGUGAACCAGGCGAAAAAGCUCAGGAACGUCACAGUUCUGUCUGUGGGGGGCGGUUACCGUGACUACCAGGUCCGCUCCGGCCUGACAUCCCUGCCUUGUACCCCAGGAGACCCCAAUAAGUUGUCCCUAGUGGCCACUGCAGUUCCCCGGACUUGGGUGUCCACUGACCAUCUGUCCAUCGUUUGGUGCAAAGAGCUGGUCCUCGCUACUGUCAGGGCAUUCUUUGACCUCAUCGAUCCUGAAACCAGACAGUUCACAGUAAACCCAGAGAAGAAAAUGGCUGUGCUAAACCAUCACUUCAUCAGACACCCUGUCAGGAUGCUGGGAGAAACUCAAGACACCUCCAUCUCCAUCUUAGAUUUUCCUGAAGCAUGGAGUGAAGUGAACACACUGCGUCUGGCUUACAGCACACCAAAGGAAGGACAGGUCAAAUACUUCCUGUUUGCCCUGUCGAGUCGCAGGAAAGCCUACAGCCAUUUCUACUGCCGGAGCAACAACCUGGAGAUGACUAGCUGGGUGUACAGCUGCGUGCACAAGAACGGUUCUUCGUGUGUGCAGGCGGUGGAUCUGUCCAUGGGAACUGAGCUACUGCCCCCCUACAAAAUCCUGAUUCUGAGUCUCAGUGACUUGUCUUCAGUUACUCACCUGGUUGUUUCGGCCUCCAACCUCAAUGGCAAGCAGUUCACAGUGGAAUGCGAGUGGCAGAGACAAGAAUCUCAGACUCUGUCUGUCCCAGUGCCACAUGUUCUGUCCUCCGGUUUGACAGUCAGCGAUAUUUCGGUCAACUCCUCUGGACUUCUUCACACCAUCAAGCUGCAACACUUUGACCAGGUCUAUCAGGCUUUCAGAAUUAGUGUUACAAGCCAGUGUAAAGUAACUAAAGAAAGACUGCCCAACGUUUACAGAAUACAUGUGCCGUGGUUUCGAGAGGACUCUUUAACCAUAGCCAGUGUGCCGUCAGUGACUGAGAUCUCAGGGAUGCUCCACACAAGUCGUCCAGAAAACGCCUCAGGUGUCCUCCUUCAGCUCCACACUGCCCCCAACUGCCAAUAUAAGGUGUCAGUGAGGACUUCAUUACCCAGGGUGCUGGGACAGAUACUGAGGUUCUGUGGUCCCAUGGUGCCGGUGUACACAGCUGUGACCCUGCUCCAGGCCUGUGGCGGGCAGCUGUCCACCAUCCUGAAGUCAAGGCGAGCUGCAGACAUGAGCCAGGUGGUGGCCAAGGGCCUGCAGCCUCAUAAAGUCAAUCUGCCCGUGUAUAUUCUGCACAUCUUACUUGGCUGCAGCUGGUUUCAAGAGGUCUGGUCAUUUCUUUACCUCCCUGCUAUGGAUGCCCUCCCCCCAACCCACCCUGAUGGUGGAUCUCCUGAGGGUGUGGCAUCAGUUGAAGAAUGGCCCCUCCUGCUGUCCCCUCUACUGUACAUCUUGGGGGCAGCCGUGGCGUACUGGGGCAGCACCCUGCUUCGUCUCAUCAUGCGACUGAUCUCGCUAAUAAUAGCUCCACUCCACAGACCAUCUGUCUCUAGAGACUGUGGCACCCUGCGACUCUGGACCCAGCUCCUCGUCGCCCUGAGUCUGACUGUUAUGGGAGGAGUGUUCUGUGGGGCGUUGGCGAUCUUUGCUGCCUUUCUGCUCCACCUUUACAGGUUACUGAGGCUCCAGAUGACAGAAAGAUCCUUGAGUCACAUGUUGAAUCUGGCACCCCGGAAGCAAAGAGAAGCCGAGAACGGCACAGUCAAUGCAGAAUCCCUGAGCAAGUCUAAAGAAUGCAAUGGCGCCCCCCUGCUGUCUGAAUGUGCUCUGCAGGAGGUGAGGGACGACUUGCAGCUCCACCUCUGCCUGUCGGCCCUCUUCACGCUACCCGUCAUGCUCAUCGCCCCGUCACUCCUCCACUGGACCCGCAACCUGAGGUAUUCCACCCAGCUGGAUCCUGACCCUUGUUGGCCAUGCAGCGUGCCUCUAAUCAUUGUGUACAUCCUGCUUAUUAACUGCAACACUGUAAUACUCAGCAACAGUAAACUCCUGCCUCUGACGGCCUGCCUCCUCCUCCCCUUGUCCAUCGCCAUGGUGACCUUCUCUCCACUCCACCUCUACAGAGUCACCUACUUCCUGUUGGCGACACUCGUCCCUCUGGCCCUGUGUUGCCUGCUCUGACGGUACCCGUCCCGUUUCAGUCCACAUCCCUACCAUAACAAGCCUUUCUCUAAAUUGCAGCCCGACUCACUGAAGCUGCUCCAGACCGUUUUGUUCCAGGAAGAUGCACUCUAUCUCGCUGCCGUGGAGCAGAGCCAUAGACAUACAUAGCUUGGGGAACUGUGCGCUCGAUGUUGGCACUAAAAGCUCCUUGGCAAUUACACUAUAUUUUCGAAUGAGAGGAUGUAAUGGCCUUGGACCAUUUGGUGUGAAUAUGGCUCUGAAGGAUUGACCUGAAACCAAGUUUGCCUUACUCUGUAUAUCUAUAGCUCUGCCUUCAAGGAGCAACUACUCCACAACCAGUGAAGCUACUGAUACUAGAGGUUAUUAACAGGGUGUCACUGUUAAAAUGUGCUCUUGUUGUUUCCAGCGUCUAUAGUGGCGUUGUUCACUGCGGUCACUGUGCUGUAAACUCCUUCACUGCCUACUGCUUAGAGAUGACUUCUAGCUGUGUGUUAGGGUUACCUUUGACUGCCGAAGCACUGACACAAAACCAGUGGCAGUGUCACACAUUCGCUCCACGAGAAAAAUCCAAAGUUAUCAUGUUUACACUUUCUCCCAUAUUCACCUUUUUGAUACAGAACAAUGACCAAGGCAGCGAAUUAAAGGUUUGCACCGGACAAGGCUGUAGUGCAUGUGAAGGCUUUAAUCUGUUACGCAUUUUUCAGGAGAAGACAGUUAUCAUCUACUCCACCUUCUCUAAAAUACAGUGGUGUAGCCAAACACAUUUGGAAAGGGGUGGCCAGGCUGCAAGCUGUGUUCACUUUGGGGUGGCACAUAAAUCUGUGUCUUGUUUAUUUAAGUUGUUUUUCUACGUGGCGCUUCGCCUUCAUGUAGGGCUGCACCGAAUAGUUGGAAGCUUCACACAUACCGUUCACAUUUGAAUUUAAGUUAACAUUCAAAUGCGUUCUUUUUUUUUUUUUUUUUUUUGCACGACUAUCGAUUCUGUUUAAACCCGGUAUGUCUGCACGGUUGUAAAGAUUAGGCUCCGCUAAUAUUAUUUUUUAUAUAUAUAUAUAUAUAUAUAUAUAUAUAUGCUAUUUGUAUAAUUAGAUGCCAGUGGUGGCUGCGUGUGAUUGUUUCUGACUCGUGCCAUCUGAACAUUUCCAAUAACUCAGAGCGUUGUAAAGUCCAUACGUCAAAGUUUCUUGAAAAAAAGAUAGAUGUCAUCAUUUCCAAAUUUCAACACAAAUCUUCUGCUUCAGUCCAUAUUUGUUGGUGUUCAGCCUUUCAAGAACAUUUUCGCGGCCGUCAGAAAAACGGUUUGCUCUCUUGCUGCACACAAAGCACCAGUAUUUAUUGGGGCGGCCUAGCAGCAAUCUAACAGCACCAUAAUUAUAUUUAUACAACCACAAUAACAACUUUUUAUUUUUCUCUUUUUUAAGGUGAUGAUGUCAUAAAAUAUGAGGACAAGCAAUUGAAGCUUUAUUCUAAAACGUUUGAAUGUAACAAAAACAAAAAGUUGGGUACAGCCCUACCUUCGGGUCACUUUCCUUCUCUCAAUAAGAGAGCGACUGUUAAAAGAGCAGCAGGCUAAGGGCGUGUCUAAAGUAAGCGCCUAAUAGUCUUCUUGUCAGAAAUGAUAGUGAUUUAUUUUCACGCUUGUAAGAAAUGAGCCAAGAACUGAAGGGUAGAGAGCAAAUAAGGAUUUUAGAUCGUUCUGAAAUUCCUAUGAUGUGCGUGUGCAAAAACCUCGUCUCUCCAUCGAAACCAGUCCAACUCAGAGUUCUCUUGAUAAAUUCAUGCCGCUGUGUAUUGUCACAGCACUGCCUCUAACAUUAGAAUUCCACAGUUUCUCUUUAACAGAGUUACUGUUCUCACUCUGCUGUUCGGUUUAAAGCUACCGUCAAUUAACCCCCCCCCCCACACACACACACACAUUUAUUUAUGGUUUAUCGUGUACAGCAUUGAAUUAGAGUAAAUGUAAUGAAGCUGAUCAACCGGAACAGACCAAAGUAAAAACAUCUACAGCUCAUUCUGAAUUGACAAAAUAUUUGAUUGCAAAAGUAUUAACACCCGUCAAGUUAAUAGCAGAGGACCUGUGGAAGCAGUCUGAGUGGGUUUACACUAGUGUCCUCGUGUUCAUGUAACAAUCGGGUUGUUAGAUUUUAUAUUUUACAUAUCCAGGUUUACAAAAUCUGAACAACAUGAAAAGUUGGAUUUGUUUUUACUGAAACAGAGUAUUUUUCUGUUGAUCAGUUUAAAAAUAUCACAAUUAACUGAAUACUUAAUGGAUCCCCGCCACAGUGCUUGAUCC